AAAUUCGCAUUUGUUUGUUGUUUUUACGGUUAUAUUGUGAGUGAAUUGGUUAAGGCUAACUCAGAAACGCAACAACAAAGGUUCCCAUUACAUUUACAGCAGCAGCAGCAAAUCUUCUUCUUCGAUUUCGCUUCUCUCGUCUAAGAAUCUGUUAAAGUUCUCGUCUUUGAUCUCGUUCACGCCCUAAUUCGCACAAAGGAAGUCGGAGGAAUCGAGGAAGUAGCUUCUGGAUUGGUUUGAGUCUGAAAUAAAAUGUUCUACCUUAGCCGAAUUGAGCACACCUUGCGAGUGCCUCCUGACAUCCUGAGCCGACCCUUAACCGAAGCUAUUAAGGUUGAACUUGAAAAGCUUUUCUUAGACAAGGUUAUUGCAAACUUGGGGCUUUGCAUUUCUGUCUAUGAUAUUAUAUCUAUUGAAGGCGGCUUUAUCUUUCCCGGUGAUGGUGCUGCAACUUAUACGGCGGUGUUCACGAUGAUUAUGUUCCGUCCGUUUGUGGGUGAGAUUAUUUCAGCAAAAGUAAAAGAAUCCGAUGCUAAUGGCUUACGCCUCACACUUGGAUUUUUUGAGGACAUUUACAUUCCUGCCAAUUUUUUGCCUGAUCCUUCCCGUCCUGAGCCAGAUCCAAGAAAGAGGGACAGAGUUACCUGGAUAUGGGAAUUUGGGGAACAAAAGUACGUUAUUGAUGGCGAGGAUGAGAUAAGGUUCCAAGUUCACAGUGUAAAUUAUCCUCCAAUUCCGGUUGAACAGCCAAAAGAGUCAAAGCCAUUUGCUCCCAUGGUUAUUACUGGAUCACUUGAUUGUGAUGGUUUGGGCCCUGUUUCAUGGUGGGAUGGCGCAGAUGAGUCUGAAGAAUAGGAGAAAGCUUGAGCUUUGAAAGGAAAAAUAAAAUAAAAAAAUUGACACAAUUUGUGGUUUUAACUUUCAUACUGUAAUAUAAUACUAGAUAAAAGGGGAACAAUUGAAUUAUUUAAAGCUAACAGAAAUUAUGACAUGGUUUCCUUAGUCCUUAAUUGCCCUCCCGUUUUGAUUGAUCUGCACUGAUAGUUUGGGAUGGCUAUAGCCAUAGGCUGAAACUGUGAAUUCCCAAGAUCUUAAAAGAU